GAAGAAAAAGAAGUAGAAGAAGUAGAAGAAGAAGAAGAAGAAGACGAAGAAGAACGCCCAUUUUGCUUUUUUCAAGGCAUCGAAGUGCGCUGAAAUAUCAUCAGAUAGAAGGACAAAGAGCUGCAAUGGACGGUGAUGUUGCGGUUGGUGUGAAGAGAGGCUCAGAUGAGCUCAACAUGUACGGUAGCAGCCCCAACUCUAUGACGGCGAACGGCAGUGACAGUAAGAAACAGCGUCUGGAUGAAUCCCCUCCCUCCAGAGUUCUUCACAUCAGGAAACUUCCCAACGAAGUGUCAGAGACUGAAGUCAUUGCUCUGGGACUGCCUUUCGGAAAGGUCACCAAUAUACUCAUGCUAAAGGGGAAAAACCAGGCGUUUCUGGAGUUGGGCACAGAAGAAGCAGCCAUUACUAUGGUGAACUACUACACAGCUGUCACACCACAGGUCAGAAACACUCCAGUAUUCAUCCAGUACUCCAACCAUAAGGAAUUGAAAACAGACUCUGCUCUGAACCAGAGGGCCCAGGCAGUGUUGCAGGCAGUGUCAGCAGUCCAGGAUGGAAGCUCUCCAUCUUCUGACCCUGGAGUUUUAGACCUGGCUCCGCCCCCCAGCCCUGUCCUGCGAAUUAUCAUUGACAACAUGUUUUAUCCUGUGACGCUGGAUGUUCUACAACAGAUCUUCAGUAAAUUCGGGACCGUGAUGAAGAUUAUAACCUUCACCAAGAACAACCAGUUCCAGGCUCUCCUGCAGUUCAGCGACCCCGUCAAUGCACAGCAAGCUAAACUGUCUUUGGAUGGACAAAACAUCUAUAAUUCAUGCUGUACUCUACGGAUAGACUUCAGUAAACUGGUCAACCUCAACGUCAAAUACAACAAUGAUAAGAGUCGAGAUUACACCAGACCAGACCUUCCCACUGGAGAUGGAGAGUCAGCCAACAAGGAUCAUUCUUUGUUGGGUACCCCAUCUGGAGCGCUAGCUUCCUACUCUAGUGGAGGAGGUUACUCAUCUUCUCUCUCCCUCUCACAGGGUGGAGGGGCCAUCAGCCCGUUGAGCGCCGCAGCGGCAGCAGCCGCAGCCGCAGGUCGCGUUGCUCUGUCCGGGUCCGGAGUGUCAGGGGUCCUAUUGGCGUCCAACCUAAAUGAAGAGAUGGUCACGCCUCAAAGUCUCUUUACCCUCUUCGGGGUCUAUGGUGAUGUCCAGAGGGUGAAGAUCCUCUACAACAAAAAGGACAGUGCUCUGAUACAGUUGUCCGAUGGCAACCAGGCUCAGCUGGCUAUGAGCCACUUGAAUGGUCAAAAAGUGUUUGGUAAAGUGAUGAGAGUGACGCUGUCUAAACAUCAGACUGUGGCUCUGCCCAGAGAAGGACUGGAUGACCAACUAUUAACUAAAGAUUUUUCUGGCUCGCCCCUCCAUCGCUUUAAGAAGCCAGGAUCCAAAAACUUUCAAAACAUCUUUCCGCCAUCGGCAACACUUCACCUCUCCAACAUCCGGGAUGGAGUAGGAGAGGAUGAUCUACGCCUUCUCUUCUCUAACAGUGGGGGAACUGUCAAGGCCUUCAAGUUCUUCCAGGACCGGAAGAUGUCUUUGAUCCAGAUGUCAUCAGUAGAGGAAGCGAUCCAGGCUCUGAUAGAUCUUCACAACUACGACAUGGGAGGGAAUCACCAUCUGAAAGUUUCCUUUUCAAAGUCUACCAUCUAACCCUCACACUUGACUCCUAAACCUUUAAGAUCCGUGACGAGCAAGGAAGUCACCACCAUUUGUCUUCUUUUUGACAUUUUCUGUUAACCUCCCCUGCACUAUUCCCAGACCUUUAAGUAGUACAUAUCUUAUCACUGAAAUGUGCUUCAGUGUCCAAAAUGUAACAUUCAAAGUAAAACAUUUGAAAUGGUUUUCAGUUAAAACACUGAGAACAUCCAAACUCCACAUAGUGCAUUUUGUUGAUCAGUAGAAGCAGCGCAUACGUUAGUCUUACUUUUAAAGGUAGUUUGAAAAGUUGGCGAGUUCUUGUCCUGACCUGUGUGACAUUUCAAACGGCAACUGAACACCAGCUGAAAAUCGUGUUUUUGUAUUUGAACUUCUCACCUUGCUGCUUUGAAAUAAAAGCACACUCACAGGUGAAUCAGUACACUGUGACAUCGGCGUUGGGUGUGGCUACAGGUGCAACCAAGCCACACCUCUGACCACACCCAACCACAUCCAUCAGUGAUGCUGGUCAGAGACGAAACACACUUGAAUCCUUUAACCAGAGAGAACAAUGAAACACUGCUGUUCAGCCAGCUGAUGCUCUUUAAAGUUCUUAAUUUAAUCUUUAUCAUUGCUAAGUGCAGGUUGCUGUUUUUAUAUUGCCCUACCCAGUGAUCACCUGUCACUGUUACAACAGUCUCUUUUUCCUUGGAUGUUUUUGUUUAAGCUCCGUCAAUUAACCACCUGUUAUUUUUAUAUACGUUGUGUCACAACUCCAGUCACAUAACUGCUCUUUUCUUUUCUGGUAGGCGGCCAUCAGCUGCACACACACACACACACACACACACAAACAUUCUCAGUGUGCUGGCUCACUCCUCCAAAUCUCAUCCUGCUCAUUUUUGUUUUUUGGUGCUUUCAGAAUCAAACAUUCAGAUAUUUCACGGAGUAAGUAUAGAGGAGGAGGAGGCGAUUCGUGCACGUUUUCCCAUCUGCAAAGUAAAUAUGUGCAGUUUAACUUGACCAGCACCCAAAGUUACUUUGUAGGCAUUUUAGCAACCUACAAUGAAACAGCUUGUAGCUUUUACAAACUCGCUGCACUACACAGAAUCACUUUAAAUGUUGUUCAUACACCAGACAUCAUGAAAGUUUGAGGACUUGAGUACUAAAAUAGAGCCCCAGUGUGUCUGUGUGUGUGUGUGGAGGGGGGGGCAAUUUCAAAAUUUCAAGAGGCAGCUUUUUAUUUCAUUGACUUAUAGCUGAACAAUCACUUUGAAGAAGUUUAUACAUGACUUGAUUAAAAGCAACAAUUUCAUCAUGGGGAUGUUUGAAGACAGUCUGGGAAAUGUGAAUAGUAAUUUGAGGCAAUUGACAUUGAUGUUUCUUAUACAAAAUGGAAUGUAUUGAUAUUGAUACUCUGCUGACGUGAGAACAGUGAGGAUCCGAAGGUGUAGCUUUCCUUGAAGAAUAGAGCCCCCUGCAGUGUUCCUCUUCAGAUUCCACCCCGUCUUUUAUAAACCACUGCUGUGAGUGGGUGUACACACAUAGACAAAUGUGGCUGUCUGCUUCGGCCUUGCUACAAACAUGUGAUUCUGGUCUUGGUCUCCGAUUCUGGAAGGAGACCUAUUGGGACCAAAGUAUAUUUGCCUUUAGUCUGUGGUCUCAUUUGUGUCUUUAAACAGGUUAUUUUACUGGUAAUGUUUGUUAAAACAGAUUAUUUUCUUAAUUAUGUGAACCUUGUCUUCCCAGUCCUCUGUUUGUACGUAACAAUUUGAGUUUAUCUAUCAAGCAGACAUGCACGGAAAACUGGGUUAACUGUUUCAGCUGAGCUCAUCUCCAAAGUGAGUCGUCUUGUUUCGCUCAUUUCUGGUUCUUACAGCUGCGAUGUUUUUACUUUAGGAGAUUGUUGUAAAUUUUCUACUUGAGUUCACUUUCUUUUGUGGUUUCAGAUUGGCCCAAAUUAAACCUGUCUUUUCUACCAACAA